AUGGAAAUGGAAUUGCCCAUUAAAAAUUGCCAGCUACGGGUAUUGAAGACUUCUAUGGAAGCCAAUUUUCCUGUAACAUUAGAACAAUCUGUGAGGCGUCUUUGUGAAAAAGAAGGCUUCAUAAAAUAUAAGAUAGAUAAAAGGAGUGUAUCUACAGACGGUGGUAAUUAUUUAGGUAUUCUUUAUGAAAUCGAUGUUAAAGGCAGGACUAAGGAUGGAGAUAAAGAACUUCACCUCUUUGCAAAACACAUAAUUAAAGGUGACUCCCUAAAAAUACUCUCCGUGUCGAAUGUUUAUGCAACUGAAAUAUUUGCUUACAAAGAACUUUCCAAGAUAUUUACUGACCUUCAAGAAGAAGCGAAUGUGCCUUUAGAAGAAAGAUAUAAAAUGAUUAAAGUAUACGAGGAAAGUAAUCCCGAAGCAAUCAUAAUGGAAAACAUUGCUAAAAAAGGCUUUACUCAAUAUUACAGAAUGGAAGUACCGUCCCUGAAUUUCUUUGAAAUAUCUGUCAAACAACUUGCUAGAUUCCAUGGACUUUCAUUUAUUUUAAGAGAAAGGAGGCCGAUUUUCUUUUCAGAAAAAAUCAAAACUCUUAAAAAUCCUUUCAUCUUCGAUGCCAAUUGGAUAGAGAUGAUGACAAGUUUAAAAGAGGCCAGCCUCAAUCAUGUAGACGAAAAAUUCAAAGACAAACUUGAAGAAGCAUAUGAAAGUUUAUUGUACAAAUAUAGUCAAUACUGCGAUGACGAGAAUUUAAAUGUUUGUCUUCGCCACGGAGAUUAUCGACCUUGCAACAUUUUGAUCAAAAUACAUGACGGUGACAUACAAGAGUUAAUACCCGUGGAUUAUCAGCUGUUACACUACGGUUGUCCCGUUUUUGACUUCCUAUAUUUCAUCUUUGGUGGGACAGAUCGAGAAUUCCGCAACAAACAUUUGGUAUAUUUAAAAGACCUGUACUAUGAGACCCUAACCACAUUUUUACAAUACUUUGAUUUGGAUGUAGAAAAGGUAUAUUCGAGAGAAGAAUUCGAGAGGGUGUACAAAGAAAAGUUGGAUUUUGGUUUGAUGACAACGUUGAUACUUUUGCCUUUUGUAUUUGCGUCUGAAAACGAUGUACCUGAUUUCAGCCAAUCAGAAAUGCGGUUUCAUAUUGAUGAUAGAAUUAAGGAGCGAUUUCACGGUGUGAUUGAAGAAUACAUGGAUUGGGGUUUUUUGUAA